UUAAUCUACUUAGUGGAAAUAAUUUUACUUAAAAUGUAUGGUUAACUUACACAAAAAUACUGUCAGAUGAAGAUUCUAGUGGUAGGUAAGUAGGCCUUAAACAUGCCUGAUUUGUGACUAUUUUAGUUUAGUUGAUCACCACAAAAAAUAUAAAUUUGAGGUUUAAUUUCUUUCAAAUUGCAACUGGAAGUUUCAUAACUUUUUCAGUGUUUCUCAAAUGUAUGAAGUUGGGUUAGUGUAAUUUGUCCAGCUCAAAAGUAAACUAGGUUAAAGGAGUAGCAAGGGAAGUGUAGAGCAGUACAUGAUUGAGUUUGGGAGUGAAAAUGGGGUGCAGUUUUGGAGGGUGACUACAUAAAUUGAGUUUUUUUUGUGUUUACGUAUAAAUAUUAAGAGCUUUAAGUUGCAUGCAUUGUAUUUGUAUUAGACAGGAUUAAAUAAAAAAAAUAUAUUUGCUUUGUUGUUGAACACGUCUGGAAUAGGUUAUGUUUAUUGUUAGCGUGAUUAUGGUUUUAAUUAUUGUUGGUUAGCAAUUAUGCAUGACACACUUGAUUACCUUAAUACUGUGAGCUUAUAGGAUCCACCUUUGAUAAAAAAAAAUCCAAACAAAUUGUUUACCAACGUAUAAGUUGACGGAAAACUUGAAGUAAACAUCACGUAACAUGUGCUACAUAUUUUAUUUCUUAGGGCCACGUUCAACCAAUUCAUAUGGAUGUUUUGGCAUCUAUACACGUUGAAAUUUCAUAUUUGACUGACCUGCAACAUUACGAAUUAGCAACUAAAACAAAUUACUAGUUUUAACAUUUUCUUUAGCAUUAACCAACAAUAUUUAACUUUACGUAAUGUAACAACCAAUAUUUAUUACGGGCACAUUUAUUAUACGAACUGUUAUUAAAAGGUGUAUGGUCUCGAAUUCGCUGCACAACAGACGGUUAAAUGACUGGCCAAUAGCAGACUAACCAAGUCAUCACUGGAAGAGCGCGCAGGCGCAAUGAAACGCGCCAAACAAAAGAUCUUUGUUGGCUCGGUUGGCUGUUUCCUCUGUAGAACGCGCCCCCUUUAACAUGAUAGUAAAUUUUGUAAUAUCCUCCAAUAUUUUACGAAUUUGUUGUUUAUUUUAUGUCGUUUAUCAUCAAAUAUAACAUUCCUCUUAUACCUGUGGCCAUGUGUGUGUCCGCGAGCGCUAUAUUUAUCAUAAAACUUAUUUAUGUAGUAUUCCGUGGAAGGGUAAUGUUGCAAAAUGCUACACACUCCUUUUGAACCAAUCGCCAUUGCUGUGUAGAGGGGUCCAUCUAUUGAUGAAAUGGUUGGUAUACGUUAAGCAAGAGAACAACUUAGUUAUUUCAGUUCUAAAAACUGUGAAUGGAUUAAUUUAAGUUUAUUUAAAUGUCACAGAACUAUUAACAGUUCAUUAUUUUUUUUAGUAUACAUUUAUUUGUAUGUGUGAGUUCGUGUAUGAUAUUAGCUCUCUGUUUUUGUGUGUAUGUGGUGUGCCCCGGUAGUAGUUCAGCCUUGGCCGGUCGUUCCCUGUAGAAGCUCGUCGUUUGCAGCGUUUCGAUGUGCGCACUUAUUCGUGUUCCGCCAUUAUCGGUUUACUAUUUCGCUGCGCUGUUAUACGUGUGAACACUUAAAAUUAUGUGUUUCGGGCAAUGAUAGCAUAUGUUGUGUGUUACUGACGAUCUUAAGAAGAAUGUGUAUAAAUGAAAUGUGAUGUAGUGUCAUUUAACACUGAACGAUGUCGCAGUAUUGUGUUCCUGUGUGGUACCACCACCUACCACUGUUUCGUAAGCAGGCGUCGAGAGGCCUAGUCACGUGGGUGUAUGUUUAGGGGGAGGCAGUCUGGCAGGAUUUAUCAUUUCUCUGGUGAUGAGUGCGUGGAUGGUGCUAUGUUAUUUUGCACCUCCGUUUUUGUUGUUUUAUUAGUACCGGCAUCAAUACAGCCAUGCUUGCAUAAUUCGACGUGUGUCGGAUUGGUUAUAAGAGAACGUUGGCAUGUGACAUUUUUUGCGAGUGAUUAUCCGUAUGAGGAGUUGAUAAAAUAAUGCUAUUAUACUUCGUAAAUACUGUAUUAUUUUUCUCUGUGCUUAGUGUAAGCCUACUGUAAGUGCAGUGAAAACAAAAAAAAAGAAGCAAAACGUAACAACAGUUUCUAUUAGGAAUGUUUUAAUUAAGUUCAUUAUGAAUCCUGUUGACAGCUCUGUAGAAGUGUAAAAAUUUUACAGACUUCUUUGUUUUUGUGCUAUAAUGUGUUUGACGUUUAUUCGCAAGACCCAUGGAUGAAUGGGAUUAAAACUUGCCUCGAGGAGGCAUCCAGAUGUGUUUGUCAUGGCCCCAGCUUUGACGGAAGCUGGUCAGUCUCAGAACUUUAAGUUGCCGUCUUCACAUUCCUCUCCGACUUGUCCGAUUAACGUUUCGUUGAAUGGAUUCAACAGCAUUCCAGCAUCCCAGUUGUAUUCCGACGAGCGCGCAUCCUGCAGGGAUGCGCUCGCCCCUAAGCUGAAGAAAAACUAUGGUUUCGAAGAUCGCCGUUUCGUGUACACCGCGAAGCGUAUAGUGAAAGACACUAUCAAGCCGGUUUCGAACAGUUUCGCCGCCGCUCUCGCUUCGCAGUUCCUGAAGGGCGAGGAGGCAUCGGAGGCGGACGUAGACUCGAACGGUGGUAACUCUAUGAUGAGUUCUUGUGACCCAUCUAUGGGGGACGACGACAACACAAUGGGUCUACAGAAGGCGAGCCUGGAGGCGGGGGGCCUGUUUAAGGAGAAGUUGCUCUCGAACGACGUGGAUCAGCUGCUGAGGAACUUGGGGGCGGCGAUCUCUCAAGACGCCGGCUCGGAGAUGUCGCCGAACGUGGAGGAGCUGUUACAGGUGAUGAAGAGUCUAGAGGGAGGUGGGGGUGACGCGCCGCUGCACGGGGACGCCGACGCCGAGGGUAUGUUUGGUGCGGACCUGGCGGGUGGGCUGUCGACCUUUGAGCGCGAACUGCUGAGCGGCGUGGACGUGAUGGACAUGUGUGAGGAGGCGGACGACGCUAAGGAGGCGCCCACGACGGAGCACGUGGACGCGGCGCGCCGCCGCCUGCACGACCUGGAGCGCGAGUGUGAGCGCUCGUUGCGCCGCCUCCGCAAGCUGCAGGCGAGAGUUCUGGGUACGCACGCGGCGGGUGAGGCGGCAGCUCUGCUGGCGCGCGCGGAGACGGCGGGGGGCGCAGCUCGGGGCAGGCCGCCGGGGCUCGCCCAGCGCCUCGACAUGCUGUCCCAGCAGCAGGCGGCGCGCCACCACGUGACCCCAGCGGGGCGCUACUUUGGUUCGGGGUCUGCGGAGCGCGCGGCGGCAGCAGGCGUGAGGCUGGGAACGGAAUCCCGGCGCGAGCUGGCAGCAGUCUCGGGACAGUUGCGCGCGCAGUUGGGAUUCGUGGAGGCGGCGCUUGACUCUGACGCGACGGCCAGCAGCUCGGGCGGCGAGAGCUGCGACGAGAUGCAGUCCUUCAACAACCCGCACCAGCUGCCUGUGCCCAUCGCCAAGCGGUCGGCGUGGCGAUGGGCACAAGACAGAGCAAUGGUGGCCAGUCGCUGGACCUGGCUGCAGGCACAGAUAUCCGACCUGGAGUACCGUAUCCGCCAGCACAACGACAUUGCCAGGGAGGUGCGGAGUAAAAAGGGGCCAGUGGAGUUUGAGGAUUCAGCCUCCCCACGCACCAACCACGUGGUGGUGAAUGGCUUCCACGGAACGAUGAAAGCGCGUGGGACUGACGAGAGUGCAACAUGCGGCAGCUGCAGUCGUGUGCGACCGCUCGUGUGCGAGACGUUCCGCAAGCGAACCCUGAUAAACGUUGCGGACCACAAAGUGGCCGUGGGGUCGAAGCGGGCUGCACGGCCCACCAGUAUGCUUUGUUGGUGCACGCCGUCUCGGCCGCUGUGUGCUCUCUGCGCGUCGCGGCCGGAAUCCCAGUGUCUGGAGCAGCUUGUCGUGCCAGAGAAGGUGGCGUUGCACGACCCCUACUUCCACCCCGUGCUCUCCUUCCCAUCUGACACAAGUGCGAGCGCACACUACAGCUGCAUAAUGCACGGAGCGGAGUGGCAGCAGCGCAUCCUGCGCACGAGCGUGCGCAUGGUGAGGGUGUGCCCUAGCGGUGCGAGCAAGGACUCGAUGGGCAACCGCGAGCGCCUGGCCAGGAAGCAGGAGCAUCAGCGUCGCAAGUACACCAGCCGACUGAAGAGGGCUGCAGCGAGCAUGCUGUCCGCCAAAAUAAAGCGCAAGUUGACACGAGGUCGCAAGUCAAAGAAUGUGGAUCGUAUCAACCAUCCUUUACAAAGACUGAGGCAGAAGAGGCAUAGCCCGAAGCUGUCUAUUGCAGGAGACCCACCACCGGUGGAGCUGCCUGAAGACCCAGAGGAUGAGCUUGGGUUGGAGAGCGCACCGAGUGGCUGCCCCAGCAAGCAGUCCUCCCCCGUUCCCUCCCCAUGCCCCCCAGGACUGGGGCCCGUCAAGGAGAGGCGGAAGCGAGAAAAUUCCUACGACAUUGACAACAUAGUGAUACCACACAGCAUUGCAUCCUCGACGCGGGUGGAAAGGCUACCUUACAAGGAGAUACCUACACCCAUGUGGCGAGUUGCAGAACUACAUGAGCUGCCUGCUAAACUGGACGUGAAGAACAAUGGAGUGGUUCAGAGAUCUAGUCAAGACUGCGACAGAAACUUUCAGGAGGAAGACUUGAGAGAUGAGGUGUAUGCGGCGAGGCACGACCGCUGCGAGGUGGACGAGAAGAAGAAGUUCAUGAGCUACUUGAAGCUGCCCAACCACGGCCGGUCCCGAAUGCACCGCAGGACAGACAGUCGGGCAGAGAGCAGUGGUGCAAACACUCCAGACCCGAUGUCUCCACCUAGCAUGCAGGACCCACCCAGCUCUCCCUUGCCAGUGGGAUCGCCUCCUGCCACGCCACUCUCGCUGUCCAUUCUCCUGGAGGGCGAGGGUGGGAGCAUUGUGGGGCGGCGACGCACCGUGUCGUCCUCCCAGGGCAACACACGUCCUUCCACGCCCACUGACCACCCCUACGUUGAAGUGCUCCCGUAUGAUCCUCGGAUCUUCCCGCUGUCUGCGGACAUGUAUGACAAGAUGAUGAAGCAGAUGCCUGACGGCCACUCCUUCCCACCUGUACCUAUACCACCAAAGAAAAUCUUCACCAAAAAUAACUACUAUGGCGAAGUAGGCAGCCGACCACCGACACCCAGUUCGGACUCAACGGAAAGUGCGGUGGCCGAGGGAGAGCUUGAGGAUCCAAAUGACCCAGAGUGGACCAUCAGAUAAGGGCUGGCAUGACAUGGCACCCUUUCCUCUCCUCUGCCUGGGCCUCGAUUCCACACCACUCACGCAGCCGUCUGCUCAACUUAUUUAUUCGAUUGUACUAGGCCCGCGCUCGGCCUUGUGGCAACGCAUGCCAUCUCGAAUGUCGGCACAAAAAGUUGUCGAAGCGUGUAAAAAGUGUACAGUUUUAGAUUUUGUUUUGUAGUGAGGUGUCUCAUUUUGUUGUCUAAAGCUUGAGAUUCGUAAAUCUAGCUCUGUAGACAUGAACACUUUGAGCCAACUACAGUUUUAUCUUGCACUUGAAAUGUAAGUUGAAUGUAUUGAUAAAUAUUGUUAUUUAAUAAAAUGUGUGAGUAAUUGUUACGGUAAUAA